GAUCACUGCGGGUAGGAUUCCUAUAGGUAUGUGUUAUUCAUGGCUGGCUGAUGACAAUACAUUGCCUUUCUCUGGGAGUUCCCAGACUGCUCCAGAAAACACAGAUUCUAAAAAGACAAUGGUGGGUAGGGUUUACUGCCAGAGCACCACUCUAGAGCAUUCUUUUCUUGAUCCCAGUACACGACAGCUGCUAGAGGCCCAUAUUAUUAGAUUUCGCAUGAGUGAGAGGUGGGGUCUACCCCUCAGGGUUCUUGAAUCCAUAAAAUUCUAUAAGUUGAGAGAAUCCAAAACAUGGCCUCUUCCCCAAUUUGACUUUCCCUCCUCAGCCAUGUAUAUUUCUGGGGCGGAUUCCAAAGCUGAGUUUUUUAAACACCUUGAGGGAAGCUCUAAACCUAUUUUUGGAAACAGGUUGAGAACAACAAAGUCAGUCCCCACUGUGGAUCAUCCUUUCUUCACUAUGUUAUCUGUGGGCAAUGAUCGAUGGGGGGCCUGAAGGCAUCACACUCUGACACUGACCAUAAUACUGCAGAGUGUAUCCAGAUAGCUGUGUGGGGCAGCCAGACUUUUCAGCCCUUUACACAUAGCAUCAGAGCUCAAGUGCGACCCAGUGAGACUGUACUAGACAACACAUGUGGCCCAGAGGUACCCACAAGUCCAGCUGGGGCUGGACUUGAGCCAACCCAUGAGAAUGUGAGUUCCAGUAACAGAGUAGAAAUGGAACAGGGCAAAGGUAUGGAGGAGAAGAAUUUACAACAUUUUGCCUUGCCCAACCUGUCCAGGGAUAUAUUUGACACCAAGGAGUUCUAUACCCUUCAAUCCCAAUCUUGGGAAAUCUUGACAACCAGUGAGUUGGGAAGCUCCAAAAUGAUAAAUGUCAACAUGAAUAAAGUAGAAACUGCCAUGACUACGGAGAACCCCUCACCAAAAAUACUGGUUCCCCAAGAUUCUAAACUAUCAGGCCUGAAAAGACAGAUCCUGAGUGAGUUAAAUUUUAAACUGGAGAGUGAGGAGCAUAACCAGGCUCAAGGAUGUCCUACUGACAUGCCCCUUCCUUCAGAUAGCUUGAAUUCCAAGGCUUCACUGACUCUGUCGCAGAGUGUGUGCAGCGGGGACAUGGAAGCAUCCCAGGUGCUGCAUGUCCAACUGAAGGACAGCAGAAUUAGCACGGAGGAGCAGCAGGAAUCCUGGGACUCAAAACUGACCUUCUGUAAGGGCCAGCCUACGAAUUUCUCACAAAGAAGAAGUGCAAAGAAAGUGAGACCUUAGGAUCCCAAAGCAAGAAAAUGCAAAAGUGAGGACUCAGGAGUAGGGACAUCUGUAGGCAGAGAGGAGAGUCUCCAUGCUGAGGACAGAAAAUUAGAGAGUGCUUCCCCAACUCUGUCACAGAAUGAACAGUUUCCUCUUGAAAGUUACUUCAGAAAAAAGAUGAGGCAAUUUUCUCAGUGGAUCAAUUCCAAGA